AUGGCCUGUGUCACAGUGAAUGAUCUGAUUGUGAUCCACGCUUCGAGGGACAGCCCAGCAGCUGCAGCCCAUGGAAGAGGCUGUGCAUCUCCUAAGGAUCCCACACUUGUACAUCUCAUCUGCUUUUUGCCUGUGUUCAAAGCUGCCACCUGGCACAACCAUUUGUCACCCAGAGGAAGCUGUGGGCUCCGGCCCUUGACUUCUGAUGAGGAGCGAGGCAUGACACGCGUCGUGGGUGGCAAAAGUGCCGAGGCAGGGGCCUGGCCCUGGCUUGUCAGCAUCCAAGAUACCUCGGUCUCAGGCACGGGGCAUCUGUGCGGAGGUUCCCUCAUCAACGCACGGUGGGUCCUCACAGCAGCCCACUGCUUUGCCGACUCCAGGAACAUCAGCACCAUGCGCCUGCUGAUCGGGGCCACCCAGCUGACUGAGCCGGGCCCUGGGGCCGAGGUGCGCCUGAUUAAGCGGCUGCUGGUUCACAAGGAAUACGGUUCUGCCGACCAGAGGAACGACAUCGCGCUGCUGGAACUGAACGAGCCCGUCCAGUGCAGCUCCUACAUCCAGCUGGCCUGUGUGCCCAACGCCACGCUGAACGUGGCACAGCUGGAAACCUGCUACGUCGCUGGCUGGGGUGCCACUACGGCAAGAUCUCAGAAAUCAAGUGAUGUCCUGCAGGAAGCCAAGGUCCACCUUAUCAAUGUCCAGAUCUGCAACAGCAGCGAGUGGUACCAGGGGGACAUCCAUACCCACAACUUGUGUGCUGGCUACCCGGAGGGUGGCAUCGACACCUGCCAGGGUGACAGUGGGGGUCCACUCAUGUGCAAAGACAACAGCGCUGACUUCUUCUGGGUUGUCGGAGUGACCAGCUGGGGGAGAGGCUGCGCCAGAGCAAAACGGCCUGGAAUAUACACUUCUGUUCAGCACUUCUAUGACUGGAUUCUCAUCCAGAUGGAGCUACUUCCACAAGUAGAAUCUUCUCGGGCAUGGAGUCAUUAUACAACCACCUCACAACCCUGGACUCAUCAUACGAAUGCCCCAUGGCCCACUCAGAAGCCAUGGCCAGAACCAACCCCCACUCAGAAGCCAACUUCGAUACCCACACCAGUGGAAGAAGUUAACAACUGCCCAUUUCCACUCAAGAAGCUGAUGGAAUUCUUCACUCAGAUCAAGGAGCUCCUGAAGAACCUACAGGGAAUCCCAGUUUGAGCAGGAGAAUGGACAGGAUCCAGUGCAGGUUGCAUGGGACUGUGACUGUUUCCUGCUGAGGCAGCGCCUGCUGAUCCAAAGGCCGCCUCAGUGCUGAAGGCCUGCUCUGUCCUGCCCAUGUUGCUCCUCUACACAUAUACAAGUGCUGAUGUUGACUUAGUUACUGAAAUAAAGUUGCCUAUGUUU